AUGACGACCUACAUCCAAGCAAAAUGCCACUGCGGCCUCAACUCGUUCAAAAUCGCGUUCAAAACCUCGGACCUGCCGCUGUCAACGGCCGCGUGUCACUGCAACUCGUGCCGCCAUACCACAGGCCAGAUGUUGGUUAUCGAUGUCCCCAUCCAUGGGGUACCACUCUCCUCCACGGCUGAGGGUGAUGCCGCAGCGAGCCUUGAAGGCCUGACGGCAUAUAAGUCGUCGAAGGACAUGACGCGAUACUUUUGCACAAAGUGUUCCGCCUACUUCUUCUUCCAUAACGGCAUUCAUGACGUCUGGGCCGUGUUUGCUGGCGUGCUGGAGAAGGUGGACGAGGUUCUGAAUGUUAAGAGUCACAUUUGGGUUGAGGAUACCCUGGAUGGAGGGAUCGCAGACCAUUACCGUACCGUGAACGACGUCGUGCUUCCCAGAUACGCACAGCGUGCAACCAGCGAGACGCUCCCCCUCGGGUGGAAGGCAAAAGAGUUGGCUAUGAAAGCUGACACUGAGACCCAUCCGCUCCACUGCCACUGCAAGGCCAUCUCCCUCGCGCUCACUCGCACUACUGAGAUAAAGGAUCCAAAGGAUUAUUGGCUCGUACCCGGCAAAGAAGAAGGCGCACCGAUACGCUUCAUCGCCGCACACUGCUUUUGCAGUGAUUGCAGGUUGUCCAGUGGAUCUCAGAUUCAGAGUUGGGUGAUCGUUCCGCGCGUGAAUGUAAUAGAUGCGAGCACUUCUGCCUCAGUCGACCCCGAAAACGCGGCAGCUAGACCCAAAGGGUUGAAGCAGUACGAGUCUAGCCCAGGGAAGUUCCGCGAGUUCUGUGGCACGUGUGGUGCUACUGUGUUUUGGUGGCGGGAGGGCGUAUCACAUUUCGACCUCUCCGCUGGGUUGGUUGAUCAGGAGGCUGGAGGGGCUAGGGCCGAGAAAUGGUUGUCUUGGUACGACAGAAUCAUUCACCCAAAGGAUGCGAUCAGCCCAGCCACUUUGGCUGCGUUGACCGAGGGUGUGAAGGCGGCAAAGGCUGAAGAAGUUUGACAGCGCACAUUUGAUUCCGAAUUUGUAUAAGUAGACCAUGUUACUUUUCUGUGGUGAUUACGAGAAAUCCAGCUCAAUCCUCCUCUU